AUGGCCGACCCAAAGGUCUCCUCCCCCGUCCCAGAGGACAAGGAAACAGGCAUCCACCACCACACCUCAAUCACAGACGACACCAACACCGCAACCCCCAACAACCACAAUGCCGCGCACCCAGAAGACCUCGUCGCGGAGGCAGCCCAAGCCGCCUCCGCAGAACACAAAAUGUCCCUCCUCGAAGCCAUCCGCACCUACCCAAAAGCAAUCGGCUGGUCCGUCCUCCUCUCCUCCACCCUCAUCAUGGAAGGCUACGACCUCGCCCUCCUCAGCAACCUCUACUCCUCGGCCGUCUUCCAGCGCAAGUACGGCACCUUUGUCGAGGCCCAGAACAAGUACGUCAUCUCCGCCGCCUGGCAGUCCGGCCUCAGCAACGGCGCCCGCGCCGGCGAGAUUUUCGGGCUUGUGAUUGCCGGCUGGACGGCGGAUCGGUACGGGUAUCGGGUGACGACCAUGGGGUUCCUGGUGUUGAUGAUUGCGUUCAUCUUUGUGCUGUUCUUUGCGCCGAAUGUGCAGAUCUUGGUGCUUGGGGAGGUUCUCUGCGGAAUCCCUUGGGGUGCUUUCCAGAGUGUCACGCCAGCGUAUGCCUCCGAGGUCGCUCCCGUCGUUCUUAGGCCGUAUCUCACCACCUUCAUCAACAUGUGCUGGGUCAUCGGACAAUUCUUCUCCGCGGCCGUCAACAAGGGCUCCUACCACCACCAGGACGAAUGGGCCUACAGAAUCCCCUUUGGAGUCCAAUGGGUGUGGCCCAUCCCCAUCCUCAUCGGCCUCUUCUUCGCCCCUGAAUCCCCCUGGUGGUACGUCCGCCACAACGACAAACCAGCCGCCAAACGCGCCCUCCUCCGCCUCACCUCCCGCAACCAACCAAACUUCAACCCAGACGAGACGAUCGCCAUGAUAGAGCACACAAACGAGCUCGAGAAGCGCGCAAAGGAGGGCGUGACCUACGCAGACUGCUUCAAGGGCGUCGACCUCCGCCGCACCGAAAUCGUCGUCGGCAUCUGGCUCGUCCAGACCCUCGGCGGGCAGAACCUCAUGGGCUACUUUGCCUACUUUUUGACGCAGGCCGGCAUGGACCCCGGCAACUCCUUCUCCCUGUCAAUGGGCCAGUACGCCCUCGGCAUGGUCGGCACCGCGGGCUCCUGGUUCCUCAUGUCCCGCAUCGGCCGGCGCACAAUCCACUUCUCCGGCCUCUGCGCGCAAUUCUGCCUUCUGCUGAUCGUCGGCUGCCUCUCCUUCUCCGACAGCAACGCCUCCGUCUGGGCCAUCGGCGCCAUGCUCAUCGUCUUCACGUUCGUCUACGACUUCACCGUCGGUCCCGUAACCUACUCCCUCGUCUCGGAGCUCUCCUCCACGCGUCUCAAAAACAAGACCAUCGUCCUCGCGCGCGCGGGCUACAACGCCAGCAACAUCUUUGUGAAUGUCAUGACGAAUUACCAGCUCUCGUCGACGGCGUGGAACUGGGGCGCGCGCACGGCGCUGUUUUGGGCGGGCACGUGUCUGCUCUCGUCCGUGUGGGUGUAUUUCCGCGUGCCGGAGCCAAAGGGGAGGACGUACGCCGAGCUGGACCUGUUGUUUGAGCACAAGGUCUCGGCAAGGAAGUUUGCGGAGACGAAGAUUGAUCCGUACUCGCAUGAGCUUAACAGCGAGAAGAAGUUGGCCGAGGAGCAUUAA